AAAGUACCGAAUCUAAUCACAGCACUGAAGUCAACAUGGAUAAGAAGACUACACAGAGAAAUCAAUAAUUGGUUAGAGUAGAUAUUUCAAGUAAAGAUUGCAAUCUGAAAUACUACGGGGACGGAAAAGAUCUCUAUCUUCCUGGAUUCGUACAGAGUACUGUGGAUAAUAUCGGUUUUCAGCAGUGUAUCAAACUGUGUUACAAGAAAGUAAAUUGUGAUUCUAUCAACUAUGACAAAAUUGGUCUCAGAUGUGAAAUGAACACAAUUGUAACAACUGGCCAAACAAUUGACGACUUUCUGGAGAGCAGACUGGGAUCGGUGCACACAAUGGUCAACAAAACGGGGGAGUCUGCAUGGCAGGUAUCGUGUGAUUUGCUGAAAUGCCCUAAGAAUACAAGAUGUGUAAAACUACGAGACAACACCACAGUUUGUCAUCCAGAGCCAUGUCGACGGGCAGACUACUUGUUGUCUUCAAAAUUGAAUUUUUGCUUCAAAAUCCACAAUGAAGCUGCCACAUCUACUGCAGCAGAGCAAACAUGCAAUGACGAAAGUGCAACUCUGACAGUCAUCAAUUCUGAAGAGAAAAUGGACUACUAUGACAAGCAACAUCUUAAAUUCAAAUAUUCAACUCGACUGGGAUUUUUCAUCGCCGGGCAAAACUUGAACGGGGUUUGGACACUUCCCGACGACACUGUCCUGGAUCAGAAAGUCCAGUGGUCAACAGUCAUCUUAAACUAUGAUGGGCCUUGCAUGGUGUUCUGGAGGGCUACUGGGGAUUAUAUGUUGGCUGAUGGUAAAUGUACAGCGAAUAAUUACCGCUUCAUAUGCGAAGAAAAGUAGCCGAUUCUAAUGAU